GUUCGCGCGCGGAGCAAGAGUGAAACGUUGAAGUGAUUCUCGGGCAGAGACAGAAAGGAGUUUCCUAAUAAAUUCCCACACAACAUGGCCUCUGAACUCUACAACAAAGUGGAAACCUUAACUCUCCGUAAGAAGUUCGUUGCAUCUUCUUGCAAGCUUUUUUUUCCAGAUGAUCCUAUCAAGAUUGUCAGAGCUCAGGGACAGUACAUGUUUGAUGAAAAGGAAAGAAAAUAUUUGGACUGUAUUAACAAUGUUGCUCAUGUUGGGCAUUGUCACCCAGAUGUCGUGAAAGCUGGAUACAUGCAAAUGGCAAAAUUGAACACAAAUGCACGGUUUCUACAUGACAAUAUAGUCCACUAUGCAAAGAGAUUAUCGCAGACAUUACCACAGAAACUAUCGGUUUUCUAUUUUGUGAACUCUGGUUCAGAGGCAAAUGAUCUUGCUCUCAGGCUAGCUCAACAAUAUACCCAGCACGAAGACAUUGUUGUCUUAGACCAUGCCUACCAUGGACACCUUAAUUCAUUGAUAGAUAUCAGUCCUUAUAAAUUCCGGAGUCUAAGACCACAAAAGGAUUGGGUUCAUGUGGUGCCCAUUCCCGAUACAUACCGGGGAAUGUUCAGGGAGGAUCAUCCUGAUCCAGCCUUAGCCUAUGCAAAUGAAGUGAAAGCUGUCAUUGAUGUAGUACAAAAGAAAAAUCGCAAGAUUGCUGCAUUUUUUGCUGAAUCAUUACCAAGUGUUGCCGGUCAGAUAAUUCCACCUGAAGGAUAUUUCCAGAAGGUCGCAGAACAUAUUCACAAAGCAGGGGGAUUGUUUGUUGCUGAUGAAAUCCAAGUUGGAUUUGGAAGAGUUGGAAAACACUUCUGGGCGUUCCAACUACAAGGAGAUGAUUUUUUACCUGACAUUGUAACUAUGGGGAAACCUAUUGGAAAUGGACACCCAUUAGCCUGUGUGGCUACAACUAAAGCAAUUGCAGAUGCAUUUGCUGCGACUGGAGUAGAGCAUUUUAACACAUUUGGAGGAAGUCCAGUAUCCUGUGCGAUUGGGAUUGCAGUUUUAGAAGUCAUUGAAAAGGAAGACCUACGUGGGAAUGCUACACGAGUCGGUGCCUACUUGUUGAAUCUACUUAAUGAACAAAAAGCCAAACAUACAAUCAUUGGUGACGUCAGGGGCAUUGGUUUAUUUAUUGGAGCAGAGCUGGUAAAAGAUCAACAGGAGAGGACACCUGCCGUAGAAGAGGCCCAGUAUUUAAUUACAAGUGAUACUCAGGCACAUCAGCUUGCUAUAAGCCCAAACCCCAAGAUUAAAAGGAAGAAGAUGCAAGGUAUUCAUACUUGCAAAUAAUGACAAAGGCAGCUGUGAUGCUGAUGGAUGGACUAUGAGUCCCAGGGAAGUGUCAAAAAUGUCAGGUUGUAAACAGGUAUACUUUGAACUGUUCAUUUGAUUCCAGGAUAAGAUAGAGUUGAGGUCUUAAGAAUAGCUAAUCAGAAUUUUUACUUGGAUACGAGUCCCAUGUGAUUCAUGUUGCCAUGGAGAUGGGUGCAGAGGAAGCCAUUGUAAAGAUCGGCUUUCCUAAAAUAUCACUGAAUAUCACAGGUAAUAUCUGCUAGGGUCUAGGAGAGAGGGAGAGAGCAGUUAGAAGCCAAAAGUCUAUGGUUCACCACGCCAGAAUGAAAAGACCAAAUUUGUGAGAAGUUAAAAUGAGACCAGAAGAUUUGCCUUGCUUGCACUAGAGGGAGGAUCUCCAGUAAAACUCUCACCAUGAAAAACAGUUCUAGAGUUAAAAGUUACCAACUGAGAAAGGAAAAGGAUGGAAGUAAACCCUUGGGAGCAAAGAAUCAUGUUAGACUGAUUCUGGGAGAAUUAAAUGUCUACUUAAAGCACUGUGUAACGUAAACCUGAUGGUGGUUUUUUGUGUUGUGCUAAAAAUAAGGGGGUAUUCCAUUGCCUGCAAUAAACAGUGUUUAGUCAGUA